CCUCCAUUUUUCAAAAGGCAGAAGCUGCUUCACAUUUUCUCUCUCAGCUAUUCCCUUUUCUUUGUUUGUGUUUCUACAACUUCAUAUACUGAGGGGUGAGGAGGGUUGAGAACUUAGAAGAGCAAAGCCGCAGCGAAAAUGGAAGAGUACUUGGAAUUCAUGAAAACUCUACGCUCUCAAAUCAACGAUGUGGAGGAUCAAGGGUCCAAGAUCUCAGCUCAAGGGCAGAUGCAUUUUACGACAAUUCAGACCUUGCAAGAUGAUAUCGUUUCUGUAAAAUCUCAAGCAAAGCAACUUAGAGAAGAUACUGAGCAGAUGGUGAAGGCAAAGGGUCAAAUAUGCUCGGAAAUAAUUGGAAAACAGAGAAAAAUAGCCUCUUUGGAGUCUGAUUCAUCUACACUUACCCAGACACUGGAGCUUAUUCAACAGGAAAAACUCAGCUUAUCUUCCAAACUAAUGGAAAAGAGCACUUACUACUCCAAGGUGGCGAAGGAUCUUUCUACCAAAUUACAGCAACAACAGGACUGGGUUAAAUCUCUGAAAAUCAGCAGACAAAUUGAAGAGCAUGGCUUGGUCAACAAUGAACUUGAUGGGCAAAGGACAGAAUCUGAAGGUAAGUGUGGCAUUGAAAACCAUCCAAUCAUGGACUAUGUGAACAAUGAAGCAGAUAAUGACCUGAUUGUCAAGUUGGACUUGGCUAAAGCCAAGCUUGAUGGUAUUGUGCAAAUGAAAGCCAAACUUGUCACCGAUAAUGGCAAGAUCAAGGAGUCAAUUGAGGAAGCAAAGUGCCGAGCAAACAACUUUAAGCCAGAGGUAUUGGAAAUGAGUACAGAUGCUCUGGAAGAGGAAUACAAAGUCCUUCUAUCAGAAAAAGAUGGGGAAACCGAGUAUCUUUGCUCACUGCAGAACCAGGUUGAACGAAUGAAGGGAAUUUCUAAUGUGAUUAAAUGUGCUUGUGGAGAGGAAUACACGGUGAAACUUCAUGCCUGACACAAUACAAAACAUGUAGAUGAACAUUCCGUAACUCAAAUGACCAACAAUCAGUUAUCCUUAAAGUAAUAAACAACUCGACGCUGAUAGGAAAAUAUGGUAAACAAUUUUAUAGUUGUUAUGGAGUAAAUUUUUUAGUUAUCUGAGAUGUUGGAGAACAGUUUUUCACCAAGCAAACAUUUACAGUAAAAAUGCUCUAUAUUUUACUGGGGAAAGAAUAUCUACAAAUGUCAGUGCUUUCAUAUUGUGAUGAGAUAAUCUCGCAGUUCCUGCUGAGAAGUUAAAUAUAUUAGUUCUUGAAGUUGUUAUUCAUAAAUCUAGGAAAUGUUGUUAAACUCCUAAUAUGCGAACAUUGUUUGAUGUGCUCUCUUUCCAGUUACCCAGCCAAUGGAUAUUUUUAGC